GUAGGCCUACAUUACGUAUUUACGAUAAUACUGUUUUUAAUAAUAUUUGGAUUUUAUAUCCUUAACUUCUUUUUUUCAGGAGAUUUAUUGGAUGUAUUUAAUUAACAACGAUAUCUAACAGUAAUGAUAUGGUGGUUUUGUGAUUAAUAUUUUAAUUUAACGAUAUUUUAUCGACAACUGGCCGUGAUUUUUAUGCCAGACGGUGACACUUCCGUGACUUCGCUGGGUUGACCUGCUUUAUUUAUUUAUUUUUUAUUUACUUUUUAAAUUUAAUUUACCCCCAAAUUUAUUGUUGUUAGUAGUAGUAGUAGUAUAAUUAGUUGUUGUUGCAUUUCUCUGCACAGUACUGUACAUUUUUUGGACUGAGUAUGUAUAUUCGUAAUCGUAAUUGUAUUUUUAUAGACAAGCCGCAAUAUGGAACUCAUUAAAAAGAGAGAUCUAUCCAUUUCUGUUUGAAGUUCAGUAAAAUGCCUCACGUUGCAGAUAAAGAUUUCAUGGGUCCACGUUCGGCAGAAAUGGUCGGCGAUGCUCAUGUGUAUGAAGCAGCAAUGCCAGUUGCUGCAGCGAUGACACCAUCCCCAAUACAAAAUACAGAUGUUGCACCAACAUUUUCAAAUAUUAAAAGGCACUGUGGUUCUUAUUCAGAACACAUGAAUAGAGUGGAACAAGAGAAUGUUGAUUGCGUGGUUCCAUCUGGAGAGACGGAGAAUGAUACGGGUUAUGUCAGUCAUGACAGUCGAGACGACAGUUCUGAACACUCUGUGUACAUGCAGUCGUCAGAGACUGUGGCAUUGAGAACAGAUCAGCAGUUGACGCAAAGCAUGGCGGAUGACUGGUUGGAGGUCAUUACAGAAGACAACGUCUCCGUUCAAAGCAUGGACAAUAUGGACGACUUGCUCUAUCAUUUUGAUAAAUUUUUCCGAGACCGAUUUGACAGUGAGUUGUUUCGUUUCAAGAGCGCCAUGUACGAGAUGCUAUCCGAACAGCAGCUUCACAUGAGACAGAUCAUACAUUCAGUUGAAAUGAUGCCAGAAGAGAAUGAUGUCAUAUUUCCAGACAGUGGGUCAUCUGUUCCAGAUAAUGAAGAAAACGUUUCUCAAAGCAAGUUAAUACAGGGGAAUGCCAUGUGCAAGGAAAAAACAAAAAGUCGUGCUCUUCUAGAAUUGAUGUCGUUGUCGUGUGGUGUGACUGCAUUGUUGAAUGAAACCAAAUAUAGAUUAUAGUACGG